GGCGCCCGGACCCGGCACCGGAGGAGCAGCAUCUCAACCCGGGAUCGGCUGAGGUUUUCGCGUCGCGCGCCCGUCGGGUGGCCAAGUCUGUGUCCCCCUCAGCCGCCGCUGCUGCCCUAAACUUUGGCCAGCUCCGCCCGGGCUCCGCGCCAGGGACGAGCCAGGGCCUCCGGGUCCCACGCGUAGGCAGCGCGCAGCCGGGCGCACCGUGUCGCCCGCCCUGGACUGCCGCUGGGAAUGCGAGGAAUUUUCAAGAUGAAUUAUACGGAGUCCAGCCCACUGACAGAAGCAACUGCAAUAGGUUUUACACCUGAGUUAGAAAGAAUCCUACCUGUGCCUUCCAAUGAAACCACUUGUGAAAACUGGAGAGAGAUACAUCAUCUAGUUUUUCAUGUGGCAAAUAUUUUUUUCGCAGUUGGAUUGGUUAUUCCAACUACACUUCACCUUCAUAUGAUACUUCUUAGGGGGCUGUUAGCUGUAGGAUGUGCCCUUUAUGUCGUCUGGGCCACUCUCUACCGAUGUGCCUUGGAUAUCAUGAUCUGGAACUCAGUGUUCCUGGGGAUCAACAUUCUGCAUCUUUCAUAUCUUUUGUACAAGAAAAGACCGGUAAAGAUCGAAAAGGAACUCAAAAGCAUCUACCGGCGAUUGUUUGAACCCCUCCGUGUGUCUCCAGAUUUGUUCAGAAGAUUAACUGGACAGUUUUGCAUGAUCCAAACGUUGAAAAAGGGCGAAAGCUAUGCUGUAGAGGAGCUAACCUCAGUUGACGACCGUCUGAGUAUUCUCCUGAAAGGAAAAAUGAAGGUUUCCUAUCGAGGACAUUUUCUGCAUAACAUUUACCCCUGUGCCUUUAUAGAUUCUCCUGAAUUUAGAUCAACCCAGAUGCACAAAGGUGAAAAAUUCCAGGUCACCAUUAUUGCAGAUGAUAAUUGCAGAUUUUUAUGCUGGUCAAGAGAAAGAUUAACUUACUUUCUGGAAUCAGAGCCUUUUCUAUAUGAAAUAUUUAGGUAUCUAAUAGGAAAAGACAUUACAAACAAGCUCUACUCAUUGAAUGAUCCCACCUUAAACGAUAAAAAGAUCAAAAAGUUGGACCACCAGCUCAGCCUUUGCACUCAGUUGUCCAUGCUAGAAAUGAGGAACAGUAUAGUCAGCUCCAGCGAAGACGAAGAAGGCUUACACCAGUUUCUUCGGGGCACCUCCAGCGUAUCCUCUCUUCAUGUACCAUCCCCACACCAGCGAGCCUCGCCCAGGAUGAAACCGAUAGAAGAAGGGGUGGAAGAUGACGACGAGGUCUUUGAACCUGCACCUCCAAAUACAUUUAAAGUUCGUCAGUGGCCUUGAUCCCAAGAGAGGAUUCAAGUUACCCAGAGGGAAACUGUCUUGGAGAGAUCCUGAAAAAUACCAGCACUUUUUCACGGCUUUUAGAUUUUUUUUCUGCUUUCAUACACCCAGCUUGGUAGAGUCUGAGGGCAGGAAAGUGAGGGAAAUUCAAAAAUGGGAAGGUUACCUUCACUUUUUACUGGUCAGCUUUCAGUUUCACUGAGCCUUCUGACUAAAAUGUGUGCUCUUUUUGAGAGAGACAUUUUCACAGUGUUUUCUAGAUAUCAUUUAAAUUUUAAAAAUUCUUAGUGCUUUGUCAUUUCAAAUCCCUUCACUUAUCUUUCCAAGCUGUUGUUUGCUUUCAUCAGAGAGUUUAUUCUCUGCUGUGGCAAUGGGGUUGUCCAUUUGAUUGAGGUGGAGGAAAUGUUUUUUAAAAAAUAAAAGGCAGGGAAUCUCAGGCUUUGCUCAAUGGAUUUUCUGGCUGGAAAAUUUUAAAGAAAGAUGUGGUGUGACUCAUGUAUAUUUUUCUCUCAGGCCAGAUACAUCAUUCUACUAGAACAUCUCACAUUUGUGGACACUGUAUGGAUAGGUUGAUAAUGGACAAAGCUCAUGAGACUUUACUCACAUUACCCUGAUAUUACACUGUUUGGAAGUUGGGAUGAACCCUAGACCUGGAAAGGUAACAGUGGGAGCAGUUCUGAGCUCAGGGUCACCCUUUGGCUAAGCCAGCUCAGCUGUGAUGUGGGGCCAUCUCGCCCCACGCUCUGCUGUAGGAAGCACAUUACGGCAGUCAAGCGGCCAAAGAAGUGUCACAGAAUGACGAGGCUGACAGAGCCACUGCGCUCGCUGGCUACUACUCUGACGUUCAGAUGUUUCCUCCAGGGGCACAGAUGGCUCCUUACUGUGUGUGGGGGAUACCAGAUGCCAGGGCUGCAAACGGAGACACAGCUGUGAGGCAGACGGUCCACCACAAGCUCUGCCAUGAUCACCCAACCUAGAGAGUGCUGUGAGGACCUUGAUUCUACAUCUCUCUUUUCCACCAGUUGUGAUUCCAGACACGGUGGUACUUGGGAAAUUUGCGUAAGUCAUCUAGCGGGUCAGUGUGACCGUGUCCCUUCACAGGCCACCCAUUUGGGGGAAGCCCCCCUGAACAGCUGUGCUCCAUCGUGCCCCUCUACCUUUAUUUUGUGUACUCUGACUGAGUUAGUCCCAUUAUGUUAAAUAAUAAGAAAAGUUCAAUAUGAAAUUAUUUUCAGGUGAGCUGAGCCAAAAGCAUCUUUUGCCAAGAGGUGAUUUCUAUGAGAGAAGAUUUAAAACUUAAGUACUCCAGGGUCACUUCAUUUUCCUAAACUCAUUUUUUAAAGCCAGUUAUUUUAGUAAUUUCAAUUGAGUCAAAUUUACAUGCUUGAUCACUCACAGAAAAAUUCCACAGACUGGGUAUCCAGCUCCUAACACAUUCAUCAA